CGCCGUGUGAAAGUAAACACCACAACGCGCGGACGUAAAAAGCCUGUAGGUGCCCGGUUAGAUGAUAUUUUUAAUUUAUUUAAUGUAUUUAUUUAUUAGAUAUCAUUGAAAGCUGUGUUUUAUUUUCGAGAACUUUGAGAGCAGUAAUGGGACGGUCAAAGAAAACAGUCGGAAGGGGGUCUAAGCGUCGUGCGAGCAGUUCUGAAGAGAGCGAGUAUGAAGAAAAAUCAACCGCAUCAAAGCGUUCAAAAGGAAGGCCCCAACAAGCUGGAAGCAUACACGAUAUCCAUGAGUUCACUGAAGACGAUGGGAAGGAAUUCACGUCUUCUUUAGUGAACUGGUAUAAUAAGAACAAAAGGGACCUUCCAUGGCGAUCAUUGUCUAAAAGUCUCUCGUCAACUGACAAGGCUUAUUCAGUUUUGGUGUCAGAGGUAAUGCUGCAACAGACACAAGUAGUAACUGUCAUUCCGUACUACACAAAGUGGAUGUCUCGUUGGCCAACUUUCAGCCAUUUAGCCAAAGCGUCCCUUGAGGAAGUGAAUGAAGUAUGGGCUGGCAUGGGUUAUUACAGCCGCGCUAAACGUCUCUGGGAAGCAGCAAAGAAAGUUCACGAGGAAUUGAAUGCUCAAGUUCCAUUGACAAGUGUGGAACUACAAGAGAAGCUGCCUGGUGUUGGUAGAUACACUGCUGGUGCUGUGGCCUCCAUUUCCUUUGGUGAAAAGGUAGCUGCUGUUGAUGGCAAUGUUGUAAGAGUGCUGUCAAGAGUGCGUUGCAUAGGUGCUGAUCAGACAUCAAAGGUCGUUCUUGAUCACAUUUGGAAGUUAUCUGAACAACUAGUACCCUCCAAAGAGCCAGGAAACUACAAUCAAGCUAUGAUGGAUCUUGGUGCCACUAUUUGUACCCCCAAGAAGCCAUCUUGCAAAUCUUGCCCUGUGUCACAUGUCUGUUUUGCUUACCAACGAACUCAACGAACAAAUCCUUUAAAAGAAUUACAGGUUGACUUAUCUAAACCAGUUAUAGAGGACAUUGAAAAUGUCCCCUGUAGUUUGUGCCUGAAACAGCCUUGGGAUGCAGAGCUAGGAGUCAUGAAUUUCCCACAGAAAGCAAAGAAAGCACCACCCCGGAAAGAGGUGACUCUAGUUUGUGUUAUUAAUGCUUCUGAUGGUGAUAAGGAUGAGUAUCUCCUAGCAAAAAGACCUCAGGGUGGCUUAUUGGCUGGUUUGUGGGAGUUCCCAAACAUAUUGUUUGGUAAAGAACGAAAUGAAACUGAAGAAAGGACAGAGCUUGAUGAAACGCUGCUGAGAAAGCAGUGGGGAGCAAGUAAUUUUACAACUCAACCACAUUUUGUUGGGGAAGUUCCACAUGUGUUCUCACAUAUUCAUCAAUUAUACGUCGUCUAUUCACUAAGGCUCACUAAAAAAUCUGACGUAUCCAAUAAAAGUGACACUGAAACGGUGUGGAUGGACUCAGAUGAGAUCAUGUCAUCUGCCAUUUCAACAGCCAUGAAAAAGGUGUUUAACGAAUUUACUGCUUCCAAAACAAAAGGAAGCCUUGGUAAGACAGGAAAAGGACGCCCAAGAUCGAAGAAAACCAGUGUUGACACAAGUUCCAAAAAAGUUUCAGACUUCUUUAAGAAAAUUGAAAAGUGAACUUUUUAGUAACUAAUAAGUUUUUUAAAAGAUAAGAGAAUACAAACGCAUGAAUUAGACAUAAACUAUAAAGUAAUGAUGAGUUACGAUUGUGUAGACCAAUCAGAAGAAGUUGCAGCCCACAUGUUUUGAGGGCAAGCAAGCAAUGAGCAGAUUUCCAAUUUUAAACUUAGACCAGGACUGUGUGGUACAGAACAAAUAAAAAGAAAUUUAAGUA